GGGAGUAAUCAGUGCGAAAAAUAUAAAUACCUUCAACAUUAUUCGAACCGGCAUAGACGUGAUUUGUACCUAUAAUCAUCAAAAUGAAGCUGAUCAUUCUCAGUUUGGCAAUUGCUGCAGUGAAUUGUGCUCCUGCUAGCGAAUCAACUGCUGAACCAAUUCCAAUCGUGAGGUAUGACAAUGAAGGUGUCAACGCGGAUGGAUCAUAUCAAUGGAAUAUUGAGACUGGAAACGGUAUCAGUGCCCAAGAAAAAGGCCAAGUGAAAGUUGGUGACAAUCCUGAAGAAGCUGAACUAGAAGUUGCUGGAUCAUAUGAGUAUACCAAUGACGACGGCUCAAAAAUCCAGGUUUCUUAUAUUGCUAAUAAGGAUGGAUUCCAACCUCAAUCAGAUAUCUUACCAACACCACAUCCAGUUCCACCUGCGAUACUUAGAGCUUUAGAAUGGAUUGCAGCACAUCCCCAACCAGAAGAGAAACUUCAGUAGUGAAAAACAAAUUAAUGAAAAUUAUUUGUAAAUAACGCGUCCUGUAAAUAAAAGUUCUCAAUUCUUAUAAGAACUUCGAUUGAAUCAUCAUGAUAUAUUCGAAAAGAAACAGUGUAAAAUGAAUAAAAACAUUAAAUCUGUA